AUGUUGUCCGGCUUCGGUUACCUGGAGAGGCGUCUUCACGACUUCCAAGUUUUUGAGCUCCUGGGUCGCGGGGGUUUCGCUCAGGUCUACCGAGCCAAGUCCAUUAUAACAGGCCAAGAGGUGGCAAUCAAGAUGAUCGACAAGAAAUAUAUGCACCAGCACGGCCUAGCCCAUCGAGUUCGUCGUGAGGUUGAAAUACAUAGCCGACUGAAACAUCCUGCUAUCCUUGAGCUAUACACGUGCUUUGAGGAUGCAAACUACGUCUACUUGGUGUUGGAAGUUUGCGACAAUGGAGAAUUACAGGCCUACAUCCGACAGAAUGGACCUGUUUCAGAAGACAUGGCUCGACACUACAUGAAGCAGAUCAUCAGCGGCUUACUUUAUCUCCAUUCCCACAACAUUCUUCACAGGGACCUCACUUUAUCAAAUCUCCUGCUAACAAAGGAUAUGAAAGUGAAAAUUGCAGAUUUCGGCCUUGCGACGCAAAUCGAACCAGGCGUAGAUCACACUACAAUGUGUGGGACCCCAAAUUACAUCUCGCCAGAAGUAGCGAGUCGUGGUCAGCAGGUUCUGGAGACGGAUGUCUGGUCCAUCGGUUGCAUGCUUUACACCCUGGUGGUCGGUCACCCGCCCUUCGAUACACGAGAGGUCAAGAGUACUCUGAAUCGCGUGAUCGCUGGCGAUUACAAGGUGCCAGAUAACCUUUCCUCCGACUGUAAAGACCUCAUCUCGAGUCUUCUUCGCAAACAGCCACAGGAUCGUAUAAAGCUGCAGGAGAUGAUCCGGCAUCCAUUUAUGACGCGAAAUGCGACUCCCCGACGUAAAAUGGAAAACUCCAGAGACAGUGGUAUAGAUUCGAUGACUCGGACGCCUAUCACCAAUAUUCCUCCCGCCACAGCUACCAUAACUUCCUCCACAAGCAGUCGCUACUCAACCAACUACCAACCAAACUCAUGUACCCUCCCCCCACGCCCACCUUCCCAUCCUGUCAUGGGCAUACGCCGUUCAGGCCAUGAUCAACUGAAUCUACCGCCACCUCUUCCCUCCUUUGAAUCGACAGCUCAUCAGCCACCAACUCCUGCUACAAGUUGUUUCCGUGGCAGCGGCUCCCUGCGUCAUUUGAUUCCAGCCUCAAAAAGUAUAUCGGGGUUAUCCAUCGCUUCAACCUCUUCUGUCGCAUUCUGUCGUUCGGCUUCAGUAGGGAGUCUCCAGCGCCCGUCCCAGCCAUUGCUGGCUCCCCUUAACUCCCGCCGACUGCGUCCAAUGCGGACAGUCACUCGGAUGGCUGUGAUCAAUAUUCUUGCCGAUGAGUCGGUCUGUCUGGAGUUUUUCGACCAAAAAGAAGCCCAAGAGAAGCUGGUGAUUGAGGUCAUGGGUAUAUCAAGUGAUGGGCAAGAGGUGGUGAUUUAUUAUCCAAAUGCUGGACGCGGAGUGCCCCCAAAUAUGGAUAGUCCGGUGGCGGCGUGUGCUGGAGACUCGUAUAGGAUUUAUCCACUAACCCAACUGCCAGAGAAGUAUUGGAAGAAGUAUCAGUUUGUGUCAAAAUUCAUCAAUAUGGCUAAGGCUCACACGCCCAAGGUGACCUUGUACACACCUCGUGCAAAAUGCAUUCUUAUGGAGAAGGUUGAGCCACAAGCGGACUUUGAAUUAGAGUUACUCUCCGAUGGAAGUCGCGUUAAUUGCCUGGGAGGAGAUGCUGCUGGAAAGGUUCAGGUCGUCACACAAGCCAACGGUACCAUCACUGUUGAUAGGAGACAGUCCCUGGAUAACCUUCCAGCUGCAAUACGAGAACUCAUCUCCUAUGCCGAAAAGUGCCGACAGCGCUGCUUGGAAAUUGAAGCUUCCUUGGAGAAGCUUAGUUCCGCGGUUGCUCCCCUAGACUCCGACACAACCCAAGUUUUUCCAGUUAUCAUUGGUCGCCGGCCCUCCACUGUUGCCACCCCUUCCAUCAGAGGUCCUCUCUUGUCAAAUUGCCUUUCCCAGCUAGUAGCCAAAUGCAGCACACAGCAUCGCCAACGCUCCUCAUCACGACACGAGACUGGUCAGCCAGUUUUUGUCCCGUCCGUGGGUUGGGUAUCUCAACCCUCCCCUGAGGAGUUGCAGGUUCAGUUCAACGACGGCGCCAGACUUGUUGUAGUCUACUCCACAGCCACAGUACAUUUAAUUCGGUUCCAGCCACCUCCCUCAACCGGGCGGGAUGGUGAGGGUGAGGAGACGGAGGAACAGGUGUUUUCCACUCUGUCUUCAGCCCCUCUACCUGCCGAGGUUCGAGCCCGCCUUGAAGCCAUUCCCAAGGUGGUCAAGUGUCUACGUUCAAGAUCACGGACCCCAUCCUAG